AGACCAUGAAAGCCCUCAAAAUUUCUUUUAAUCAAUUUUUGCGUUUGGUAGGCGAGAAAAAGAGAAAAAAAAUCUGAUUUCUCCAUUGGAGGAAAUCCAUGGCUCCGAAGCCCAAAGAGAAGCCAAAAGGGGCUCCAUCGCCGUCGCAGCCUCCUCCCCCUAUCGAAGACCUUUUCACUUCACUCAACAGACACAUCCAACGAUCCGAAUUAACACAAGUCGUCAAAGUUGCAAAUCAAGUUUUGUCCGUCGCGCCAGGAGAUGAAGAUGCCAUUCGAUGCAAAGUCGUGGCGUUGAUAAAGUGCGAUAAGAUUGGUGAGGCUCUCUCAACAAUGCAGUCUGCUCAGAAGGUUUCUUCUGAUUUCAGUUUUUACAAGGCAUAUUGCCUAUACAGACAAAACAAGUUGAAUGAAGCUUUGGAGUUUUUGGAGAAGCAAGAUAAGACUCAACCAAGCAUGUUGUUAGAAUCUCAGAUCCUGUAUCGUCUAGGAAAAAUGGAUGCUUGUGUUGAUAUCUGCCGGAAUCUUCAAAGAGCAAAGAUUGAUUCCUUGGAAAUAAAUUUGGUUGCUGGUUUGAUUUCGGCUGGGAGAGCUUUUGAAGUACAAGGAACUUUGGACGCUUUUAAGGUUAAGGCAACUAGCAGUUUUGAGUUGGCUUAUAAUAUUGCUUGUUCUUUAAUUGAAGGAAAUAAGCAUAAGGAUGCUGAACAACUCUUGCUCACAGCCCGAAGAAUUGGUCAGGAAACACUGACAGAAGAGAGCCUUGCUGAUGAUGAUAUAGAGAUUGAACUAGCUCCAAUUGCUGUCCAAUUAGCUUAUGUUCAGCAGCUCCUUGGUCACACACAGGAGGCAGUUGGAGCUUAUACAGAUAUCAUAAACCGAAGUCUGGCAGAUGAACCAUCACUUGCGGUGGCAGUGAACAACCUUAUUGCAGUGAAAGGGCCAAAAGAUAUAUCUGAUGGCUUAAGGAAACUUGAUCGGCUUAAAGAGAAAGACUCACAGAAGUUUCAGCUUGCACAUUCAAUUGACUUGAAGCUUUCACCAAAACAAAAAGAGACAAUAUAUGUGAAUCGUGUUCUUCUACUUCUUCAUGCAAAUAAGAUGGAUCAGGCUCGGGAACUUGUUGCUGUUUUACCUGAGCUGUUUCCUGACAGUUUGAUGCCAGUACUGCUCCAAGCUGCACUCUUGGUGAGAGAAAACAAGGCAGGGAAAGCUGAAGAAAUGUUGGGUCAGUUUGCUGAGAAAUUCCCUGAAAAGUCAAAGAUCAUUCUCUUAGCAAGGGCACAGGUUGCUGCUGCUGCUGGUCACCCUCAAAUUGCGGCUGAAUCCCUUGCUAAGGUGCCUGAUAUCCAGCACAUGCCUGCCACUGUUGCCACCCUUGUUGCUCUCAAAGAGCGUGCUGGGGAUAUAAAUGGUGCAGUCACUGUACUUGACUCCACAAUCAAAUGGUGGAAAACUGCCAUGACUGAGGAUGACCAGCUUAGUAUUAUUAUGCAAGAGGCUGCUUCCUUCAAGCUCAGGCACAGCAAGGAGGAGGAUGCUGCCCAUCUAUACGAGGAGCUUGUAAAAAGUCAUGGAAGUAUAGAGGCAUUGGUUGGGCUGAUAACUACAGUUGCUCAUGUGAAUGUUGAUAAGGCCGAAGCUUAUGAGAAGCAACUGAAGCCAUUACCAGGUUUGAAGGGGGUUGAUGUGGAUGGUUUGGAGAGAACUUCUGGGGCAAAACAUGUAGAAGGUGCUUCUCAUGGUGGGCUUUCUGAAGCUCAAGAGGAUGGUAAGACUAAGGAUAAACCAAAGAAAAAGAGGAAGAGAAAGCCAAGGUAUCCCAAAGGGUUUGACCCGGCAAAUCCAGGUCCCCCACCAGAUCCAGAAAGAUGGCUUCCGAAGAGGGAAAGGUCAAGUUACAGGCCUAAGAGAAAGGAUAAGAGAGCAGCUCAGGUGAGAGGCUCUCAGGGUGCAGUAGUUAGAGACAAGACUGAAGCUAGUGCCUCAGCUACCAAUUCUAAUGGUUCUAACAUGAAAUCAAACCAAGCUGCUAGUUUGAAAGGAGUUUCACAGAAUGCCGAGCCAUCCAGACCUCAAUCUAAGUCAUCAAGAAAGAAGUCAAGAAAUUAAUCAGGAGAAAACAACAUUUUUGUGGUAAGAAAGUUGGAAAUUGUUUCACACGAGCAUUAUGUGUUCUUCAUUGAUCUUGAUAGACUAGAGUUUAACUAAUUUGUGAUGUUGGCUUCAUAUAAAACCUAUCAAGUCUUGAGGAUUUUUUUGGAGGGAGAGUUAGUGUUUCAUAAUUUCAUUGGAUUUU